AUGACCAGAUCCGGAUUCGGAGUCUCGGACAGGAUCACCGCAAGGCCGCAAGGGUUCGCAUUAGCAAGCCACCCGCGCACAGGUAACAACGCACGCGGUGGAUUUUAGGGGUCGUUAACUCGCUGUAUCCGCUAAUCGCGAAACUUGAAGGAUCUGGCGAGAGUUUGCCAACAAAGGGAUUUCAGUCUCAAUUUCCACCCUAUAAACCUAUCAGAUACUUGCAACCAAGAGAAGUCCGUAAACUACGACAGGAACAGAAUUACUAGAUUCGUUGUUCUCUAUUGUUCAGCUCGUGCAAACCCUAAGAAGGUAAUUACAUGAAUUAAUGGGAGCAUGAUUUGUGCUCUCCUAGACUCUUAAUAAUUGGAAAUAACAAGUUGCAAUGUACGCAAGGAGGUUCAAGUGUAGAUAUCAGAGAUGGAAUUACGCAUUUCAGCCAUCCAAAUAUCUGAUCAGGCCAAACCAGCGGGAAUUCUCCCAUUCUCGGUCUUAUAACAAAACAGUUGCAUGUGAAAACCACCACCCACGGCAUAGGCUGUUCCAAAAUCUUCUGCCGAAUCCUGUCCCAUCGCCUGGUGUCCCCAUUCGGUGUUGUACAGUUCUCCAUGGGAAGUUCUUUACCUCCUGGGGGCAUGGCACAUCAAGGUUCUACAGCUCUGAAGGUGACGGAAGAAAUGCAAGUGAAGAUAAUUGCGCACCAAUAAAAGACCAAGCUAACUUUGACAAGGGGAAGUCACGGCAGAAAAAUGUCAGAGCAGAUGUGAGACAGUUUGAUGAGCAUGCUCAGCUUGGGGAACAAGAUCAGAAGGAUUGGCUCAACAGAGAGAAAUUAUCUAUUGAGAGUAAAAAGAAGGAGUCACCUUUUCUGUCCAGAAGGGAACGGUUUAGAAAUGAGUUCUUGCGGAGGGUGGUUCCAUGGGAAAAAAUUACCCUUUCAUGGGAAACUUUUCCCUAUUAUAUUCAUGAGCACACAAAAAGUUUGUUAGUGGAAUGUGCUGCUUCCCAUUUGAAACAUAAGAAGUUUACUAUGGCUUAUGGUUCCCGUUUGAAGUCUUCAAGUGGGAGAAUACUGCUUCAGAGCAUCCCAGGAACUGAGCUUUAUCGAGAACGAUUGGUUAGAGCACUUGCACGGGACUUACAAGUUCCAUUACUGGUUCUUGAUAGCAAUGUUCUUGCUCCUUAUGAUUUUGGUGAGGAAUGCACAUCAGAGAUUGAAUCAGAUGAUGAUAAUGCAGAAUCAGGAGAAGAGUGUAGUUCAGAAUCAGAGGUUGAGGAUGAAAAUGAUGCAGGGAAUGAAGAAGAUUGGACAAGCAGUGGCGAGGUGAAAUCAGAUAGUAGUGAUGAUGAAGUUGAUUUGCAGGCAUCUGCUGAAGCUCUCAAGAAGCUUGUUCCAUACAGUCUGGAAGAGUUUGAGAAGAGAGUCUCUGGAGAAUCUGAAGGAACCUCUGAAUCUGUGAAGUCAGCUGCUGUUGAGCCUCCACAACAAUCAAAACGGCCACUUAAAAAAGGGGAUCGGGUGAAAUACAUUGGGCCUUCUGUACAUGUGCAGGCAGAUAACAGGAUCAUAUUGGGGAAAAUACCGACUAAUGGUGGUCCGACAAGUGCUUAUACCAUUAUUCGUGGCAGGUCUUUGUCAAAUGGGCAGCGUGGAGAGGUAUUUGAGGUGAAUGGUGACCGAGUAGCAGUCAUUCUGGAUAAUUGUGAAAAAACAGCUGAAGAGAAGAAUGAAAAAACUGCUGAACAGAAUGACAACCCAUCAAUUUACUGGAUACAUGUUCAGGACAUUGAACAUGAUCUCGAUGCUCAGGCAGAUGACUGGUACAUAGCAAUGGAUGCAUUGUGUGAGGUUUUGCCAUCAUUGCAACCUAUAAUUGUUUAUUUUCCAGAUUCUUCUCAGUGGCUCUCAAGGGCAGUUCCCAAGUCUAAACGUAAAGAAUUUAUCCAUAGAGUGGAGGAAAUGUUUGACCAACUAUCAGGACCUAUUGUUUUGAUUUGUGGGCAAAACAAUGCUGAAACAGGGUCGAAGGAGAAAGAGAAAUUUACAAUGAUACUCCCUAACUUUGGUCGGCUUGGUAAACUGCCUCUCUCGUUGAAGCGACUUACAGAAGGAUUGAAAGCUACAAAGAGAUCACAAGAUUAUGAAUUAUAUAAACUCUUCAGUAAUGUUCUCUGUGUUCAUCCACCAAAGGAAGAGGAACUCCUGAGAACAUUCAAUAAACAGAUUGAAGAGGACAGGAGAAUUGUGAUCUCACGGAGUAAUUUAUAUGAGUUACAUCAGGUUCUAGAGGAGCAUGAGCUAUUGUGCAUGGACCUUUUACAUGUAAAUACUGAUGGUAUUAUCCUGACAAAGCAGAAAGCUGAGAAAGUCAUUGGUUGGGCUAGAAAUCACUACUUGUCAACCUGUAUUCUUCCUUUAGUAAAGGGGGAAAGGUUAAAUGUGCCCCGUGAAAGCCUGGAAAUUGCAAUCUUGAGGUUAAAGGAGCAGGAGAUGAUAUCCAAAAAGCCUUCACAAAGUUUGAAGGGCCUUGCAAAGGAUGAGUAUGAGAGCAAUUUCAUUUCAGCAGUGGUUCCUCCAGAGGAAAUUGGGAUCAAGUUUGAUGAUAUAGGGGCUCUCGAGGAUGUGAAGACAACACUAAAUGAACUCGUCAGUCUCCCAAUGAGGCGACCAGAGCUUUUCUCUCAUGGAAACCUAUUGCGGCCUUGCAAAGGGAUAUUAUUGUUUGGCCCUCCAGGAACUGGGAAAACCCUUCUUGCCAAAGCACUUGCAACGGAGGCUGGAGCCAAUUUUAUAAGCAUAACUGGUUCAACGCUUACAUCAAAGUGGUUUGGAGAUGCUGAGAAGCUUACGAAGGCUCUAUUUUCCUUUGCUAGCCGCUUAUCCCCUGUCAUUAUAUUUGUUGACGAGAUUGAUAGUUUGCUUGGUGCUCGUGGUGGAGCUUUUGAGCAUGAAGCAACUAGAAGGAUGCGAAAUGAAUUUAUGGCAGCUUGGGAUGGACUAAGGUCAAAAGACAGCCAAAGAAUACUCAUCCUUGGUGCCACAAAUCGACCAUUUGACCUUGACGAUGCUGUUAUCCGUCGCUUGCCAAGAAGGAUAUAUGUUGAUCUACCAGAUGCUCAGAACCGGAUGAAGAUUCUUAGAAUAUUUCUUGCCCAAGAGAACUUAGAGCCUGGUUUCAAGUUUGAUGAACUUGCCAAUGCAACUGAAGGAUAUUCAGGGAGUGAUUUGAAGAAUCUUUGUAUUGCUGCAGCAUAUAGGCCUGUCCAAGAACUUCUUGAAGAAGAAAAAAAGGGAGGCAUAAAUAACAUAACUCCAACUCUUAGACCACUGAUUUUGGAUGACUUCAUUCAUGCAAAAGCAAAGGUAGGAGCAUCAGUUGCCUAUGAUGCUACCAGCAUGAACGAACUGAGGAAAUGGAACGAACAGUAUGGAGAAGGUGGAAGCAGGAGAAAAUCACCAUUUGGCUUUGGCAACUAACUUUGUAAUUUUUGGUUCUUAUUUAUUCACUAAUGCGCCUGUGUUACCCUUGGAAUCUCUCUUUGUACCUUUCUAAGCUCAAAGAGAAAAAAACCCUGUAAUAUAGCGUUUUACAUGUAGUUCAUCAUCCCAAAAUUUUGGCAUUAAACGAUUCAUGUGUAUAUUAAAUUAAACAUGCUUAAUAAGAAAUUUAGUCGAUCUUCGAAAUUUA